AUGUGGAGUGAAGUGAAGAAGUUUGGACUGCAAUACUGCGAUCUGCCGACGAUGUUGUGGAAUGUAGCUUUCAUGUUGAGAGCUCUAACACUUAACAUUGACAGUCGAAAUAAGACUCCGAUCCCUAUCUUCGUAUAUUUGCUGUGCCUGCUGAUAGCUCUGGGGUACUUCUUCGUAUACCUGGUCUCUAUGGGCUGGUUCGUCUUCGUAAGGUGUCCUGAGACGGGCGACUUGCUUUCGGCCAUGAUAGUCUUUUCACUAGGAGUUUCGAGCGAGAUUGGUACUGUCAAACUUGUGUACAUGUUUCUACAUAUUGGCAAAAUAAAAAAAAUCGUAGCAGAGACCUUGGCUUGCGACGCCUCCGUGGUCCCAAACAGCAGGUUCUCCAACAAUCUCUUGACGACAUUGCGUGCGGUGAAGAAACGAGCUAUGAUCUUCUGGGUGGUUAUUAUCUCCAAUGGAAUAGUGUACGUAAUGAAACCUAUACUGCUUCCUGGCAGACACUUGAUGGAGGAUAAGUUUAUACUCUUUGAAGUUGAGAAAAAAGAGUGUAUUUGGAAUAGAAAUGACCCAGAUUAUAAUAAUUCACAAGCAAGGCGAGCGGCGUGGGAGGAAAUUGGACAAAUUAUUUAUCACAAUUGGAAUAGUUUGAAAUAUUUUGAAAAAGAUGUAAAAGUUUUAGAGAUGUCAAAGAAAUGGAGAAACAUCAGAGACUAUUACAAAAAAGAAAAGAAAAGACAAGAGAAAGAAGAAACUAACCCGAAGGGACCCAAGAUUACAAAGAAGAGACUGUAUAGUUAUUUCCAAUAUUUGGGCUUCUUGGAUCAACAGAAUUAUAUUCGAUCACAUACGACAAAUGUUUCUGAUGAUGAGUCUUUCACUUCGGGUAACGAUGGACCUGAGAAUCAAGAGCCUCAAGAAGAAGAAGGAGAAGAGGAAGAGGAAGCCAUAGAAGUAAAAAUAGAAAGUGGAAGUCAGAAGAGAUCUCUACCGAAAGCAGUUACUCCAAUGGCAAAGCGUUCGGUUACAGCUUUAAGACGAACGCAGAAUAAUGAGUCUCAUUCAGCAGCCAUUAGGAACUUCCUUUUAUCUCUCAUACCUGAUGUUGAGACGUUAAAUGAACAGCAAUACAUGAAUUUUCGUUUAGAAGUCCUGAAUUUAUUGAAUUCCAUCAAAUUCGAGAAUGCUGGAUGUAAUAACGAGAGUUGGCUUAUUUCUACACUAGCUCAUGACGAAAACUGA